CAUCAAGUUGUCUUCAUUCUUACGGACUGAAUUCAUCUCAUGAUUCAUGAUUAGAGCCAACGUGUUGACCACAUAAGAGCCAAUUAGGUGCUAUGAAAUUAUGAGGUACGUACUUUAUCAAUCAAUUCAUAACUUUAUUACAUUUAAAAAUAGUAUGAAUAGAGAUAUGCCAUCAAUUCUAGGUAUGAACCUGAUAAUACUCCUGACUCAACGGUGCAGCGUUUGGAAUUACAUCAACAGUGACAAAAGUUCUCCUCAUGAACUUACUGUUGUUUCCUACCAGUUGUCUCUAGUGUUUUGCACACAGGCUUGUUGUCGCCUGCUGGCACCAUCACUAUAGUAACUAACAGUCACAGAACCAUUUCACCAAACGGACUCACUUUUGUAUUUCACCACGGUGAUGACUGCACUCUGACCUGCUGCUGCGUCUGUGUUUUGAGGGUUUAUCACUGUCACAACAAUCACACAUUAAUCCACUACUCUGUGUUUGUGUGUUAUGUCUCUACAUUUCACAGAAUAUGGCCCUCUGUCAGAGUGAGGCCACCUGAAUGAGGCGAGCCAGCAGAUAGAUGCGAGGAAGGGGGAGAUAAAGGUGACACCGAGUGUCUCCAGCUGAGGAUCAGUGUGUUGUGGUAAAAAGUUGUUUGCUCUGGGUGUGCUGUUGGAUUUCGUACAAGCGCAUGUUUGCAACUGUGCUUUGGGGUUGACCUUGUUUUUUUUUUUUUUUUGAAUCAGCUGCCUGUAUCAGGUGGCAGGAAUUGACUGUUGGAAUCCCAUCAAAGGGAGGGUAUAAAUACAAGACACAAGGAGACAGACAGCAGCAAUUCCCCCUGUAUGGAGCCAUAACUCCUGGUAACAGAUGCUCCAAGCUGUGACAGACUCGAGCAUAUACAGUGUGUGUAGUGUUGUUGGACCUUGCUCCAGGGCUUCCCCUGUGCGCCCAUGCAGAAAAGACCCCCAGGGGAGCUCACGCCAGCUGACACUGAAAAACAAGGUGGUAUCAUGGAUGAGGAGAGCCUGCAGACAGAUGGCUCCGGCAGAUCCUUCAUUCCAGCUGAGCUCCAGCCCCCCCACUCUAAGUACUCUCAGUGGAAGUUCAAGCUUUUUAGGGUGAGGUCCAUGGAGAAGGCCCCGCUGCCCGGUGAGACGCAGACGGAGCAGGGAGCCUUGCUGGGACUCCCACCUCCUGCGGCUCCAGAUGUUGAGUUAGGCUGCAACGUGGGUCCAGGGAGUGUGAUGAAAUUAUGCCUUGGGGGGAAAAGCAAGGAAAAUGUGGAAGGGCCAGGCCAGAGGGUCGAUAUGAAACUGCAGGAAAUGGACACCCACAUGACCCACCUCAGGGGUCUCUGCCGUUUAUGUGGCCUGGUCCUGAGAAAAGUCAAAGGACCGGUGCAUGAGGUUCAUGGAGCCCUUGAUGAGGUGAGCAGAGGUGCUCUGCGCAAAAUGGGCUGCAAGUUCACAAGCUGGCCAGAGGUCAUCCAGAAAGUCUUCAAAGUGGAAGUGACAGACGACACCGAAUCUGUCCACCCUCUGUCCUUCUGCCACCGCUGCUGGAUGGCGGCCAUCCGAGGCGGGGGCGUCUGCAGCUUCUCCCGGACACGGGUCCCCGAGUGGAAACCCCAUUCCUCGCUGUGUCACCUUUGCUCCCCUAGGAAGGCUUCAUUCCAGCGGACUGGGAAGAAGAGGCGGAAGACCAUCCCCAGAGCUCAGAGCCUGGCAAAGAAGACCAAGGGGGAGCACGGCGAAAGCAUCGCCGUUGGCGAGAGGAGAGCUCUGAGGCCGUUCGGAGACCGCCAUCACAGUCCGGCGCUGCGGGGCUGGAGGAAGUCCAGCCUUCAGCGAGAGCAAUGGAUGAGGAACAUCACCCGCUGCCAGAAAGACCACCUGAGCACCAAGCUGAUCUCUGAUAAACUCCCUGUGGACUUUGUCUUUUCUUUCACCUGCCUGGUGUGCGACCACCUGCUAUCCGAUCCGGUCCAGUCCCCCUGCGGGCACCUCUUCUGCCGUGGCUGUAUCAUAAAAUAUAACCACGUUCUGGGACCUCACUGCCCGGGCUGCAACUUGCCCUGCGCUGCUGACGAUCUCAGCCCGCCUGCCAAAGCCUUCUUAUCAGCCCUGCAUUCGCUGCCCCUGCUCUGCCCCCAGGGCGAGUGCGGCGAGCAGGUGAGGCUCGACUCCUUCAAAGCCCACUGUCUGGACCACGAGCUGGGCCGACACCAGGGGAGCCGGCAGCCGGCGGAACUCGACGGUUACCUCCUGGCCAAUAAGGGGGGGCGGCCGCGCCAGCACCUGCUGUCGCUGACCCGCCGCGCCCAGAAGCACCGGCUGAAGGAUCUGAAGAACCAGGUGAGGCUGUUCGCGGACAAGGAGGAAGGCGGCGACCUGAAGUCCGUGUGCCUGACGCUGUUCCUGCUGGCGCUGCGAUCCGGGAACGAGCACCGGCAGGCGGACGAGCUGGAGGCCAUGAUGCAAGGCAGAGGCUUUGGACUGCAUCCCGCAGUGUGCUUGGCCAUUCGGGUCAACACUUUCCUGAGCUGCAGCCAGUAUCACAAAAUGUACCGAACUGUCAAAGCCACCAGUGGCCGCCAGAUCUUUCAGCCCCUGCACACCCUGCGAGCCGCCGAGAAGGAGCUUCUCCCCGGCUUCCACCAGUUUGAAUGGCAGCCAGCUCUGAAGAAUGUGUCUGCAUCUUGCAAUGUUGGCAUCAUUAAUGGGCUCUCCGGAUUUGCUUCCUCCGUGGACGACUCCCCGGCUGACACCAUCACUCGGCGGUUUCGCUAUGAUGUGGCACUGGUGUCGGCAUUAAAGGAUCUGGAGGAGGACAUCAUGGAGGGGCUGAGAGACAGCGGCAUGGAAGACAGCGCUUGCACCUCGGGCUUUAACGUCAUGAUCAAGGAGUGCUGCGAUGGCAUGGGUGAUGUCAGCGAGAAGCACGGCGGCGGGCCGGUUGUUCCCGAGAAGGCCGUGCGCUUCUCUUUCACCGUUAUGUCUGUGUCGAUCCUGGCAGAUGACGGUAAGGAGGAGGUUGCCAUCUUCACUGAGCCAAAGCCGAACUCGGAGCUUUCCUGUAAGCCCCUUUGUCUGACGUUUGUGGAUGAGUCGGACCACGAGACGCUCACCGCCGUGCUCGGGCCCAUUAUCGCAGAGCGAAAAGCCAUGAAGGAGAGCAGGCUCAUCCUGUCCAUAGGGGGUCUGCUUCGCUCCUUCCGCUUCCACUUCAGGGGCACGGGAUACGACGAGAAGAUGGUUCGCGAGAUGGAGGGACUCGAGGCCUCGGGGUCCAGUUAUAUCUGCACCUUGUGCGACUCGAGUCGAGCGGAGGCCUCGCAAAACAUGGUGCUGCACUCCAUCACCCGCAGCCACGACGAGAAUCUGGAACGAUAUGAGAUAUGGAGGACCAACCCGUUCUCCGAGUCGGCGGAGGAGCUGAGAGACAGAGUCAAAGGGGUCUCUGCCAAGCCCUUCAUGGAGACCCAGCCCACUCUGGACGCGUUGCACUGUGACAUUGGCAACGCCACAGAGUUCUACAAAAUCUUCCAGGACGAGAUCGGGGAGGUGUUUCAAAAGGCCAACCCCAGCCGGGAGGAGCGGCGCAGCUGGAGGGCAGCGCUGGAUAAACAGCUGAGGAAGAAGAUGAAGCUCAAGCCCGUAAUGAGGAUGAAUGGGAACUACGCCCGCCGGCUAAUGACCCUGGAGGCGGUGGAGGCGGUGUGCGAGCUGGUGCCCUCAGAGGAAAGGAGGGAGGCCCUACGGGAGCUGAUGAGGCUCUACCUCCAAAUGAAGCCCGUGUGGCGCUCCACCUGCCCAGCCAAGGAGUGCCCCGACCAGCUGUGCCGCUACAGCUUUAACUCGCAGCACUUUGCUGACCUGCUGUCCUCCACCUUCAAAUACCGCUACAAUGGCAAGAUAACCAAUUACCUGCACAAGACCCUGGCCCAUGUGCCUGAAAUCAUAGAGAGAGAUGGAUCCAUAGGCGCCUGGGCCAGCGAGGGCAACGAGUCGGCCAACAAGCUGUUCCGGCGUUUCCGGAAAAUGAACGCACGCCAGUCGAAGGCCUACGAGCUGGAGGACGUGCUGAAGCACCACUGGCUGUACACCUCCAAGUACCUACAGAAGUUUAUGGAGGCGCACAAGGACUCGGCUAAAGCUCUGCAAGCCACCAUCGAUCCAGUGGAGACGCAGGACGAUGAGGACGCGUCUCUGGAGUUGAAUGAUUUCUGAGUUGUCUUUUCAAAUGAACCCUCUGCAUUGAUGUUUGAUUGAUUUUGUGAUGGGGGCUGUUCAUUUUUUGGUUUACUUUAUUUAACAAUUAACUGAUAUUAUUAGCAACAAAUAGAAAAAGUGAUGAAAAAAAACCCUUACAUAAUUAGUUUUUGUGCUUUGAAUUAGUCAUUUGCAAAACUUUUUCAAAUUGACACAAUUCUCUCACGUUUUUUUACAAUGUGUGUGUAAUUUGUUUGAUUCUUCAGCUCGUCUUGCUUUUGUAAGGGUUAAAGGAUUAUUAUAGAAGCAACACACAGGUUUUUCUUCUCUUCCUUUCAGCGGGAAAGUGCUUUUUUUAUCCUCAUCAUCCGUGAAAUAUGGUGCAGGUUAUUGUAUUGCAAGGACCUGACACCUUUAUAAAUUUAUACAGAGAGGAUA